AUGUUUCGCAGCCAUAUAGCAAGAUCAAACGAACUGCGACUUGUGGACGAGGAGGAUGAUUUCGGAAGGUUUCAUCUAACGGAAAAACUUAUUUUAGCUGUCGUUAUCCGGAUCACAACUUCAUCCUUUGCUUGGCCAUUAGAGACUAGGUUGGAUCCAAAAUAUUUAAAGUCGGGCUCUUUCUCAACCGGCAAUGAAUUGAUAAAAUUAGGUUUUUUAUGUGGUCAGCAAAAAGGACUACACAUCUGUGAUGCUAUGCUCUGA